CGCCGCACGAGCGCGACAUGAGUGUCGAUGUACAGUGCCACGGUAAUACGCUUAACGGCUUCUAUACCCUAGAGAAAAGGUUUGAAACACUCUCACCGCGACGUGUGAGAAUCCUGGAGCUGCUAAAACCCGACGAUCCGGGCCGGGAUGAGCUGGAAGCGAUCGUGCAACCGGCGGCGCCGAGGAGAGGUCUCGUCAAACCUUAUGACGAGGACACCUGGAGAUUCCUGCAAAAGACUGUGACACCACAUAACGUAGACAGAGAAAGUCCACCUCCGCGAAACCAAGAACUAGAUACGAAAGGAGAACGAUCCCUUGCCGAUGAGUUAAGGGAAGCUGAGGAAGACGAAAGAAGCGGAAGUCAUAUACGUCGAGAGUUGUUAAGAGAAUUUCGAAAGCGAGGUGGAGGUAUCCGGGAGGCCUUGGAGCGAGAGCGUCUUGGGAAGCUAGCUCUAGCAGUGGAAGACGACGAAGAAGAUUACGAGGACGAAAACGGACUAACAGCGGCCGCGAGGCGCCUGGACGCGUUGCUGGCUGAGUCCAGGAAUCUUCACGAGGAACUCGCGGAGAUUCAGGAAGACAUGCAGGCUGAAUCGGCGCGUGCAUGUCGGUGCGCGGCAGCAGCCCGGGAUCUCACUGCACAGUCGCAGGCUCUAAGAUAUCUGGAUGACGUGGUGGCGUUGCUGAGUGGUAAUGUCGCUGCAGCGUGGCGCGUCCGAUCCUGGCCCUUUGCUCUGGGCUGUCGUCAGCACGACCGGAAUUACAUAAUUUGAUCUCAGUGGGAACAUUCUAAGGUUUUCAACCCGGUCUCAACACUGAACCAAUAAAAAACUCGUCGCUUAGUAAUUUUAAUACAAUUAUAAAAUCGUUUCAAGCUUAAUUAUACAAUUGACCUUCAAACUACUUUUUAUCGUUAGCUAACAACAUAUCUGCGUUUUUAGUAGUUAAUUUUAUAUAAUUCGUGGCUACAAAAUUUGGUUCUAGAGUAUUAUUUAAAUUAUAAGAUUUAUAAUAACUUUUUAUAAACUAUAUUGUUACAUUUUUUAAGACUGAUUACUAUGGUUAGUGAAUAAUUUCUGAUAGUAUUAAGAAAAUAGGCGUAUUACGCAUAUUCAAACGCAAGGCCGUCAAUUUUGAUCUAACGGCCAUACUCAUAGUCGUUGGUUAAGAGUUAACUGUUACUUAAGAUAUUUAUGGAAGAUUAUAAAGUUAGUACAGAUUCUACCUACCUGCAACUGAAUUUAAUCGUUGGACAUUUAGGACGGGUUUCACUUUAUCACUUUAAUGUCCUUUGUUUCACAACCAAAGCUUUUGUAAGUAUUUCUAAGUAUUCUUUUUAGUAGGCUCCAAGAAUAGGCAUACUGAUUUUCAAAAGGAAGAACGCUUGCGAUACUACUGUCAUUGUCACAACACAAGAAUUACCGUACGCUCAUCUCUCCAACUCAACAGCGCGCGAUGCUUGUGAAAUCUCACCUGUGCAAUACAUUUAUAUUUCUAUAUACACAAUUAAGAUACUUAUUCAGUGCAGAUAAGUAAACACGAUAUUUUCACACCAGUAACAGAUAACUUGCAUACGAAAGAAAAAAUAUGAAACAAACUGUUGCAAUUUGCGGUUGAAACCCAUAAACUAUAAAGCGUUUUAACGACACUAGAUUAUGUUAUAAUUGUUCUGUCAUUAGAGAAUUGUAGACUAGAGUAUGGCCAUUAAAUCGAAUUGCGAGGCACAAUCUAUGUUAAUUAUAUGCGGAUUUUAAUUAAUAAAAAUGGUGCUCAUUUAAAAUGCUUUUCCUGCACUUGUUAUUUAAUGUGUAGGAUAAUAUAAAUGUG